AUGACGACCUUGUCACUCGAACUUCCUGGUGCCACAUCAUUCGACCUUUACCUUUGUGGGGCAUCACUUAGCUCUGCGGGCUUCCCACCUCUAGGCGGACGCACAGUUAAUACUGUGAAGAAUCUUCUGAGAUCAGAGCUCGAUGGCCAUGUCAUUGAUGAGUCUGGCCUUAGUAAGAUGAAAUUUACCAAUUCUAUCUUCCACGCGCUCAUCCCCAUAUCCUCCUUUCAACUACACCACAUCGAAAAGAUCAAAUACCACAAGAAGGACAGCUCACCAGUAUACAUACAAAAAAAGUGGAAUUUUAAUCACAGGAAAAAGAGCAAGAUGAGGGAUUCCGACACAGACGCCACUGAGUCCUCGAGUGCAGAACUCGAGGCCUUGGAUUUUCAUGGUUCGACAAUCUUCUCCCAAGGAACCGACCGCUAUGGGAGUGACAAUGAAUUCAAUGGCAGUUACUUAUUCCAUGCCAUUCAGUGGGCCCUGCGCAAUCGAAGUGGAUACCCGCUGAAACUUCCCUUUGAUAUUUCUCCCAUUGAGCGGUACUGGUCUGCAGAGUUUGCGAACUCACCCAUACCAGACCCAUAUAACACGCAGAAGCCCGAUGUAGCCCUGUUCUAUUACAAGAACAAACUUCAGGACAAAACAUGGGCUGAUGUUUUGAGCUUCGUGGAACACACCUCCAGCAAUUUUGCUAUAACACAUGAUUUAGCAGUGUAUUGGGGAUCUGCUACCAAAGUGUACCUCAUUAUGCGGGAACAACCCUGGCGUCACUUCGUUCUUGCCUACUCUAUUUGUGCAGAUGACCUUCGUGCCCAUUAUUUUGACCGCUUGGGCCUCAUCAUAUCCCUUCCGACCCCCAUCCACAAAUUUCCAAUCUGUGUCACCGAGGCAAUAGCCACAACCGUGUUAGCAGAUCCGCAGUACUUUGGCCUUGACCCCACCAUCCAUAUGUGCAUUGCUGAUUGCCAGGGUACUCACCUCUCUCUGGCUGUGGGGGCGAAAGGAUGGGUAGUCAACAAUAACGGUAAAACUUACUCGAUAAUGGAUGUUUUGUGGAAGAGUCAGGGUUUCUUCUGUCACGAAACAGUUUGUUACCAUGUCAGAGAUCCUACCGACGGGAAGGAUUAUGUGAUGAAGGACUGUUGGGUGCCUGAGGCAAAGAGAUAUCACGAGGUGGCCAUUCUCAAGCGAGUCCAUGGCAUCCCUAAUGUCAUCCAACUUGUAGAUGAUUGGGAUGUCAUGUAUGACGGGGAGCCUGACUGUACAGCGCAGAUUUGUGAUCGCUAUCAGCAGUUCGACCUGGAUGAUAAGGAUGACCACAGGUUCUGUAAUCGAUUUCACCGAUGGCUUGUCAUGACUCCUUGUGGAGAACCGCUAUCACACUUCAGCUCUAGGAAGGAGUUGAUCUGUGCUUUUCGUGACUUUGUUGUUGCUCAUAGACUCAUGGUCGAAUGUGGAAUUCUACAUGGGGACCUCAGCCCGAACAACUUCAUCAUUUAUGAGGGUAACAGCUACUUCAUCAAUUUCGAUCAUGCCGGAUUUAUAGAGGAAGGCAAGACGUCUACGAUUUCAUUUGGUACUGGGACUAUCCCAUAUACCUCCAUGCGUGUCCUUAAGAAGAUGUCGAGGAAUGCCGAGACCGUUAAAAAGACUGCUGAUGCUACUCAGCUGCAGCAAAUCGAACACUACACGUGUGAUGACCUUGAGUCUAUGUUUUACAUUUUUUUCGAAUUUGUUACGAAGUAUGGGGGGGCACAUGAUAUAGUCGCACCGACAUGGGAUAAGCUGGCGAUGCCAUGUUGUAUUGCAGGCUCUCAAGGAUAUGACUUCCACAACACAAUCCCUGUCAAUGGCCUCAUUCUCGUGGCAGCAAUGAAGGGUGUUAUUUCUGGGUUCAGCAAAACUGGCACCGACAAAGUGCCUGAACUCUCCGCUGAUAGAUGCAGGACCGACUUCGACAAGUUGCACAAAUCCGUCGACAAGUUGCUCGACAUUUUGGAACAUUGUGAAGAGCUUGAAAAAAUGUUGGAGCAAUGGGCUAAGAUUGGUAUGGGUGAGUUUGAUUGGCAUGUAGAUGGGAGUGAUGCAGGCAGUGACGCAGGGGACAUCAAUAUCAUACUUUAA